AUGGAGAGCUUAAUUGCUCAGAAGGAAAUGGAAAUCUCAGAAAUUAUGCAGUCGGCUGCGGAUGAUAAAAUAACGCUGGAACAGCUUUCAGCUCAGCAUUUGGCUGUUGAAAAAAAUUGUAAAAUGCUGCUCGGCAUGUCUUCAUAUCUUGAAACUGAAAUACUAGCGAAGGAAGAUGCUUUGACUGAACAGCAAUUGCUAAUUGAUGAACAGUCUGUGAGGUUAAAUUAUCUUUCUGAGGCACUUACUCAGGUUAAUCUCAGCAUAAAUGAGUUAAAUGAAUUGAACUUUGGUUUAAAGGCCGAGAUUGAUGUAUUGCAAGAAAACAAGUGUGAUCUGGAACAAAGAAUAUCCAAACUGCAGAGUGAGUUUGACAGUCAAGAGUUAACUGCCACCCAGUUUAUGGUAGAGAGCAAACAACUGAGCGAGAAGCUCACACAGAUGACUUAUGACUUGGACACAAAGGAUGCAACAAUAUUUGACCUGCAACAUGACUGCGAAAUGUACAUUAAGGAAAUCAAUGACUUGAAGCAAGAGCUGGAGCAGAAGGAUCUUUUUAGUAUUUCUUUGAAGCAAGAGGUUGAAUCUUACUGUUCAUUAAUGGAGAGAAGUAAAGAAGAGAAAGAGAUGUUGAAGGCGAAUUUUGACUCCUGCAUGGAGGAAGUGCAGCAGAAGAUCAGCGACCAAGAAAUAGAACUGAAAAGGUUGAGGGCUCAUUUGGCGGAGGAGACAAAGAAUGUCUGCCAAGAUCAAAACCAGAUGAAGGAAAUUUAUGAGCAGCAGAUAGCCCAGACGGAAGAAAAACUACUGCAGUUUGAGAAGCAGUGCGAAAGAUUAGAUAAGGAAUUAACUGAAGUUAAAGCCAAAUCGGCUUCGGCUAAGGAUGUUUAUGAGCAUCAGCUUUCUGAACAAGAGCUGCAUCUUCAAAGUACAAACUCUGAGCUGCUGAAACUGAAAGACCAUCUGUCAAAGAUUACAAAUAACCAUAAGUGUGAAAUGGCUGGGCUGAAGAAACUUUAUGAGAUUCAGACCAAUGAAUUAGAGGAAAGCUGUUUGGCCCUAGAAAGGACUGUUGCUGAGCAAAAACGACUCAUCAAUGAAAAUACCACAAAAUUUAACAGAGAAAAAUAUGAUCUUGAGCAGAAUUAUGAGAUUCAGCUAUCUGAUGUGGAGGAGAAGAGGAGAAUCUCAGAAAUGGAGAUUUCUCGGUUGAAGAAACAUCUGGAUGAAAUGAAAUUUGAUCAUGAAAAGGACUUACAGAGCUUAGAAAAGAGUUCUGAGGCUCGAGUGUAUGAACUUGAGGACAGAGUUUGCAGUCUCACAAAUGAACUGGAGAAGCUACGAAAGUCAAUGUUUAGCACAGGGAGCUAUUCUGAGGAAAGACAAGCUGUUGACAUGAGAGUUGAAGAACUGGAAACAAUAGCAAGAGAUUUACAGAACAGAAAUUCCCUUUUGGAGGAUGACAUUGCCAUGAUGAGAGACCAGGCACAUUCUAGGGAAGAGGAAAUGAAAGCGGUGCUGAAAAAUGCAGCUGAAGAGCAGCAGAGACAAACUGCAGAGUUGAAUUUGGAAAUACUUCAGCUGCAGCAGCAGUUGUCGGAGUCUGAUCACAGGCAAGCUGAAACAAUAAAGGAAUAUGAAUCUCAGGUCAUAGAAUUACAGACCAGAAACAGGCAGCUGGAAGAGAAGGUCUGUACUUUGGAAAUGCUGAUAGAAGAGGAUGCAGCACUGCAGAUGGCUGGUGAUGAGCAUAGCAGUAAAAAGAUAAGAAAUAUGUCAGUAAACAUAUGUGACAACACUUCAUUGAAGACUAAUGUAUCCUCGCUAAACAGUUCUGAAAGAUCUUCAGCUUUCUCUCCAAUGGAUUUGGGAACUUUUCCAUCAGAUGAGCAUGGUCUUGACAAAUGUUUGCCACCAUCUGAUGAGAAUUUGCCCAUUGUAGAAGGUUUUGUAGCCGAGCCACCUGUGAAAUUUUUAGCGCCGCGCAGAUUGUCACAGCCAAUUGCAGUAAAUAAAUACAAUACAUCUGUUGAAAAGUCAGACUUUGUUGAAGAACAGUGUGAUGGGUUUCAGCUAGAAGUUACUUUACAUGGUUCCAAUCAGAAUAGUGAUCAUCCCAUCCAUGAAAAUGUGAUGAGGGAAAGAUUUGAACCAGAGGCACCAGACCAUUUCCUCCUGGAGACAUUAGAUGAGCAAGCUAACACAAUGUGGCAGCAUGAAAGAGCUGUUGAUCCAUCUCCAUCACACAUUCAACCUCAGCAAGGCAGUUUUGAUUUCAGUACUCCAGAGAAAGCACAGAGGAAUGAUGAGUUUGCUGGAAACAGCAGGAUGCAGGACUCUUUAUUCUCCAACUAUAAUAACUCUAAUUCUAACUAUAGAGACCUACAGUAUAGUUAUCAGCUGGAGAAAGCGGAUGUCACUUUUGAGAAACGUUUGAAUGACAUUAAAGAAGAACUAGAAGAAGAAUAUGUGUCGAAGAUGAGACAGCAGGAAAUAAAAUUAACCAUGGAGUAUGAGACAAGUCAAGCAGAGUACAAACUUGAAAUAGAACAACAUUUUGCUCAGAGAAUGAAAGCUGUCAGGUAUGAAUGGGAAAGGAAGUUCAACAAAGCACUGCAGAAAGUCCAGAAGGAAUUGGAGAAACAACACAAGAAGAAGCUGAAGCAAUUAAAGUCUGACCAGUAUACAAGGGAGCUGCAGCAUCAUCCAACAGUGUCAGCUACUGCAGGCGAGAGUUCUUUACAUGGGGAACGUGACCUGGUGUCCCAUGAUUCAGAGGGAACUGAGAGCAGUGAUGAAGUUGAGGACCAUACACUUAGUGGAAAUGAAGAGAUUGCUGAUCCUUCUGAUGUUCUGCUGGGGCAAGUAGAAAAUGCACAAAUGGUUGAAGUUACUGCUGAAAAACAGCCUGAAAUGUCUAGCAGAAAGAGCUCGUCUACAAGUUCCUCAACCAUUUCCACCCCAACUCUUACGGCUUGCUCACCAGUUGUUGACAGAGAAGCAGUCAAGGAUGAAGCAGAAUCUGCCCAAAGUGAACUGAGCGACACCAGCUCUGCACAGGAGCGUUUUCUAGAGGAGCUUGAAGAGAUGUCACAGCAGUCUAGCCAGGAUUUGCCCUUGGAAUGGGAACUGACAAGCACGGUCAUUGAGGCUGGGAGCUUUGAACGAGAGCCUGAGCACCAGAGCGUCUGGGAGGUGUUUGAUGGUCGAUGCGUGCGCCAGGAUUGUCAAGAG